AUGCCCACAAAUCCAAGUUAUAAUUGGCUGAGAUUACAAAAUGUUUAUUAUGAUAUAAGAACAUGUUAUAAUCCAUUAAAUUGGUCAAUUGAUAAAAUUCAUUCAAAUUUUAGAAUUUCAUUUUCUUUAAAUUCAACUUUAAUUGCAUUAGCUUCAAAAAAUAUUCCUUAUCCUAAUUUAAUUGAUAUAUAUAGUAUUAGUGGUAAUAAAAUAUGGUCAAUUGUUUAUAAUAGUACUCAAACUAAUUAUAUAUUUGGAUUUUAUUUUAAAAAUGAAGAUUUAAUAUUAUUAUUAAAUAAUGGUAAAUAUAGAUAUUAUCAAGAUUUAGAAGGUAAUUUUAAUGAAUAUCAAUUUAAUACGGAAACUAUAGUAUUAGAUAAUAUGAGUCCUAAUGGAACUUCAAAUCUGGAUGAUUUAAAUGCAAAUGAAUUACAUUCUAGUAGAAUGAUUACUAAUUUAGAAAAUAAUGAAACUGAAGAAAUAACUAAUAUUAUAGAAGCAUUGGUUUAUCAACAAUAUUUAAUAGUAAGACUUGAGAAUAAGAUUAUUAUUACUGAUUUAAAUACUUAUCAGAAUUUUGAAAUUAAUAUCUCACAAUAUUUACCAAAUGAUAUAGAAGGAAUUGCAGUUCAUAAAGAAAAGAACUCUGAAAAACUACAUAUAUACUUGGCUUGGAAGAAUACAAUAAUAUUAAUAAAUAUUGAUUUUGGAUUAUCUAAUUUUGAAAUACUAGAUCAAGAACUAACAGAUGGACCUUUUAGUAGUAUAUCAAUAUCAGAAAAUGGUCAAUUAAUAUCAUUACACAAUGAUACUUUGAGAAAAAUCUUUGUUGUUAGCAGUGCUUUUGAUCAAAUACUAUUAGAAUAUGAUACUUCAAAUGAAUCAAGCUCGCCAUAUCAAGUCGAGUGGUGUGGAAAUGAUGCUAUAGUGUUAUCAUUUAAAGAUGAAAUUAAAUUAAUUGGUCCAGGACAACAAUCUAUUUCAUUUUUUUACGAUAUUGACGAUGAAGAUGAAUUUGAUUUGGAUAAUUUAUUAUUAAAAAACUCAACAAAAGAUGACUUGUCGUAUACUAUACCAAUCUUACACCAUUUACCUGACGGUAUAAGAAUACUAACGGGAGACAAAUGUCAAUUUUUAUCAAGAGUUCCAGAAAAAACAGUUGAAAUGUAUCAAAUUGGUUCAAAUAGUCCAAGUGGACUAUUAGCAGAUUGUAUUGAUAAAUUUGAAUUAAAUGCAUCAAAAGCUAAUGCAAAUAUUAAUUUUCUAAAAAAUGAUGAUUUAUUAAAUACUGCAAUGGCAGAUUGUUUAGAUGUUGCACUUUAUGAAUUUGAUCCAGUAUGGCAGAAAAGAGCUUUAAGAGCUGUUUCAUUUGGUAAGAUUUAUGAUACUGAUGCUGAAUUUGAUUCAAAUAAAUAUCUCAAAGUUUUAAAUAUUAUAAGAGUUUUAAAUCAAAUAAGAAGUCCUGAAAUUGGAAUAUUUUUAACAUAUCAGGAAAUUGAACUCAUUGGGUGGGAGGAAGUAAUUAAAAUGUUGUUAAGAAGAAAUCAACAUUAUUUAGCAUUAAAAAUAAUUGAUAACCUAGAACUAAACAAUAUAUUACCUUUGGUUUACAUUCAUUAUUGUUGUUCAUUAAUAAGAAAAGAAUCAUCAUCUUCAGAUUCAGAAUUAUACAAACUGAUAGUGAAAAAACUAGUUUCAAUUAGAAAUGAUAAGUCAAAUUAUAUUACUACAUCUGAUAUAGUGGGAAUUGCUGAUGAGGAAGGACGAGUUGAGUUACGUAACUUAUUAAUCAAUCUUGAACCAUCAAUAACUAAAAAAAUAUAUGAAUACAUAAGCUAUGAUGAACCUGAAUUAGCUUUAAUUAAAUCUUUUCAAUUUGGGGAUCAUGAUCUUAGUGUGUUAAUACUACUAUACUUACAAGAAACCUCAUCGACGUCAGACUUUUUCAAAAUACUAAAUCAAAAUGAAAUCCAAAAUAAGCUGAUCAAUCAAAUAGCUGACAAAAACAUAGACAUAAGAACCGAGAACAUACCAGUAGAAGGUGAUGUUAUUGGUCAUACUUGGCUUACUUCACUAGGUGAAUCAAACCUCAAACUUAUGGAGAAGUUUCUAUCACAUCAAGACAAAUCAAACGAGAUAAAUUUAUAUAAUCUCAAACAAUUCAAAAAAUCACAUCCAAAUCCAGAGGGAGAAGAUUACUACAAUCAAUAUAAAAAAUUACUUCAAAGACUAUUGAAAAAUUCAACAAAUCACACAAGCGUAAAAUCAUUUCAGAGAGAAUUAGAUUUACUAGAAAAGCAAAAAAAAUUGGAAGAAAUAUAUUCAAGAAACUUUUAUCAAUACAACUCAGUAAGUUCAACACUCAAACAAUUAAUCACAAUGCAUCAAAUCAAACCAGCAUCAAAACUCGUAAAAGAAUUCCAAAUGGGACAAGAAAAAUUCUGGUACUUAGUAUUAUCAACAUAUUCCAAAUCCAAAGAAUUUAAUAAACUUUAUGAAUUUGUGUUUGGAUCAAUGGAUUCAACAACUGCAAAAUCACCUAUUGGAUUUGAACCAUUUAUAGAUGCAGGGUUUGAAUAUAAUUUCCCACAAAAACACAUCUCUAUAUACAUUUCAAACUCAGUUAAAUACAAAUAUGAUGAGAAAGUAAGAUUAUUUAUUAGAAAUAAUGAUUACGAAAUGGCUGCUCAAGAAGCUUUCAAAAAUAAGGAUAUUGAUAUUUUAAGAAAUUUGAAAAAGACUAUUUCAAACUCUAAUUCUAAUGCUGCUGGUAUUAUUGAUGGUUAUAUAAAAAAGUUAGGUUAUUGA